AUGGCUAACAACGUGACUGCUACCAGAGAAGCUACAAGGCGUACUCACACUUACAGUUUCCAUCGCGAAGGCUUGAUUCAGUUGGAGCAAUUGGGUGGAUUGAUCGCUGGUCAUAAUAAAACUGUGUUCACUGAGAAUUAUGGAAACAUCUUGACCCUUUUGGACUCACACGUCGACGAAUGGGGUUUAUCUACUCUUCUCCAAUUCUAUGAUCCUGACUUGCGUUGUUUCACCUUCUCAGGCUAUCAGUUGGCUCCCACUCUCGGGGAGUACUCUCAUUUUCUCAAUAUCAAGAUUCAACACAAGGUUCCUUUCGUUUGUGUCCCAGAGAAACCUGAUUUGGACAACAUUGCCAACGCUCUUUAUUUGAGCAUAGAAGACGUCCUUGGGAAUUGGAAGAAGAAUGGUAACACCCAUGGUUUCUAUAUGAGUUUCUUGGCUGAGAAGGCCCAAGAGUUGGCCAACAAAAAGAUGUGGGAGGCUUUCAACGCCCUUCUGGCCGUUUUGAUCUAUGGGAUCGUGAUGUUCCCUAACAUUCACAAGUUCGUUGAUCUGGCCGCUAUAUGUCUUUUUGUGGAUAAGAAUCCGAUCCCUACUUUGCUAGCCGAUACGUACUAUUCUGUUCACUCUCAAUAUGGGAAAGGAGGAGCCAUAAGAAAUUGUUUGCCGUUGUUAUACACCUGGUUUAAGUCCCACCUACCUACAAGUGGUCCUUUCAUUACUUCUACUCAGAAAUGGCCUCAAAGGAUCAUGGGGCUUACUGGAAAUGACAUUGUCUGGUGUCCCACUGGAAUGGACGUGGAGAAAGUUAUAACUAGCUGUGGUACUUUUGACAACGUUCCUCUCAUAGGAACAAAAGGAACCGAUCCAAAGGGUCUAGAAAAGGUGAGGAGUGCCUGGAAUAGCAUCCAUACAGAUGAUCAGACUUCUCUAGGUGAAAAGAAUGCCGUUGCCAAACAAGCCUACACGGAUUGGGUUGAGGAUAGAGUUAAAGAUCGUCUGUUGCCUUUCCCGAAGGUUAAUCCAUUGUACAAGCAACCGCCUAAGGUUCCAAUUGCCAUUAUGCCUACUGAGAAUUGCAUCCCAGUAAAUAUGGAAAGCACCCAAUUGCACGAAAAGAAGUCAGAUGCGCGACCAAAACAUCAUCUCAUGGACCAAAUAGGGGUUGAGUUGACACAUGAAGCCAAGGUGCUGAAAGAAGGAUCUGUGAGAGUUCAAAAGAGGGCUAGAACGGAAAAAGCAUUUGUCACGUAG